AUGGGGAAUAAUGGUAACAAAGCGGCAAAAGAAGAAAAAACAUAUGUAAAUAAUUAUAAACCCGAAUCAAGUGUAUCCAAUACAGUUCAUGAUUCAGAUUCUCAAUAUGAAUUAGAAUCUGAAUUAUCAAAAAAAUUGCCAACACCAAAAGAACAACAUAACAAACUGAAGAGUCCACAUAAUGAACGACCUCUUGAAUUGUCAUGGUUACAACAGAAUAAUAGUCAUGAUCAUUAUAAUCGAAUGAAUUCUCAUCCUCAUCGUCAUCGUCAUCAACAUCAUCAGCAUCAUCAAGAACAUUUACGUCGAAAACCAUUAGCAAUUAAUAGAUGGCCUAAAGAUGAUGAUCAGAUUGAAAAACAAAAAUCAAAAUCUUUCAUCGAAGAAUAUAUUCAUCAAUGA